UUGGCAAUAUCAAUUUAAUUUCGGCCUUUUCCAACCUAACAUAACACAAGAGAGUCUUCGAUGUAUCCUUAACCAUUGAAAAGUUGAGCUGGUUUGUUUAAUAAAUAAAGUGAUAUUUUUGGGUAGAUCAAGUACUUUGGGGUGUUCUUCAACGUUCAAUUCAAUGGCCUCUAUCUCAGCUUUGACUGCUUGUGUUAGGUUGGAACCAGCAGCUUCAAUAGUGACGCAGUCCAUCUCCAUCAGCAGGACCAACCUCCUCCAGGCAACUGGAAGAAAUUCAUGUUUAAACACGAAGACAAAGCUAGUUUCUGUGGGCUUCUCAAGGACUAGUUUCACUUCACUGAAAACCUCUCGCUUCUGCGUUUCUUGCGCGGCAAAGCCCGAGACAGUGGAGAAAGUAUGUGAAAUUGUGAGGAAACAAUUGGCAUUGCCACCCGAAUCUGAGCUCACCCCUGACACCAAAUUUGCUGCACUUGGUGCCGAUUCCCUUGACACUGUGGAGAUUGUAAUGGGACUGGAGGAAGAGUUUGACAUUAGUGUGGAAGAGGAGAGUUCUGAGAACAUUACCACUGUCCAAGAAGCAGCUGACCUCAUUGAGAAACUUGUUCAAAAGAAAUCUGAAGCUUAGAAAAUAAGCCGGUAGUACUGGUUGAGAUAAAAAAUGAUAUGCACUCGAGAAAAAUAUUUAAAAAAGUGCACAGAAUUUAACGUAUGGCUUAAAUUUACACUUGGUGUAGUAUGCCUCACAUAUAGAAUAAAUCUAAUCCGUGUAUUUCAAAUUCUGAGCACUUUUCUACCUAUUUUUUUUUAGUACAUAGAAUUUUUGGUCUCAGAUGGCCAAAACGUGACGCAAGUGAAAUUUUUUGAGUAUGUGUGAGGUAGGAUCGUUUGGUAAAGCUAGCUCUCGUUUUUUUUUUUUCCCUUCUUCAUUUUUUUCUCUGCCUUUAUUCAUAUUUGUUAGAAAAAAAAAAA